CAUAAUUGAUGCUAAUUGACCAAAUUGUACCAGCAUGCUGAAAUCCGUCGUAGUGGUUGUAGCACUGGUUAGCGUCGUUUGGGGCGCUCCUCAGUCCGACUCACUAGAUUUGGACGUGGACACCAGAAUCGUCGGUGGAGAAGCUACGAGCAUCGAAAACCACCCUUACAUGGUCUCUGUCCAACGAAACGACCGACACCACUGCGGCGGUUCCAUCAUAGCCUCAACCUGGGUCGUCUCUGCAGCCCAUUGCUUCCUCCGCGAGGUUGAGGCCUAUUCGAUCCGCGCUGGUUCCUCCUGGCGCAAUGAGGGGGGCCAAGUCAUCCCUGCGCGUAAGAUUAUCCUCCAUGAACUCUACUUAAGACAAACCCUCGACUACGACAUCGCUCUAGUACAGUUGGUCAAACCCAUCACCAUCCGCGGGGCUCGCGCCAUCACCUUGCCGCCUCCAGACAAUAACCCUCCAAUACCUGGAUCCAUGGGCGUCGUCACCGGUUGGGGCCUUCUCUGGUCGGGUGGACCGCUGGCUGACAGGCUCAAGAUCGUCAGUGUGCCUGUUGUGACCAUGGAAAUCUGCAGGAGCCGGUACGGGCAAACCGUCAUAACCGAGAGGAAGUUUUGCGCUGGGUACUGGCUAGUAGGAGGCAAAGACUCCUGUACCAGUGAUUCCGGAGGACCGUUGGUCAUCGAUGGGGUCCUUACUGGUAUUGUUUCUUGGGGUCCGGCAACUUGCGCACUACCUGACGGGCCUGGGGUAUACGCCAGCGUGCCCAGCCUCAGGAAUUGGAUUAAGAGGAAUAGUGGUAUUUAAAUUAACUGUACAUUUGAGUAGAUUACAUUAGGAAUAAAUAUUGAAUCAUC